UUCGACGGACGAGGGUUUAACCCGGCGACGGAAUUUUUUCCGGUUAAUUUUUUAAAACGAUCGGCACGCCUUACUCUUUCCUCCAUCCCGACUUCCCUGUUCUCGUUUUCCCUCCCGUCCGUUGGCCGAUCGCGGCCGACAGGAGGCGCGCGUUAGCCGACGAAUAACGUAGCGGGAGAUAAUGUGGGACUGUCUGGUGGUCACGUGUCCUCCCGACGGAAGGGCCCUGGCCCUGCAGAAAGAGACGGAACUGCUUCGCUCUCGAGGAUGGCUGGACCUGGACCUACCCGUUUUGACAGCCGAGGAUCCGGCCCCUGCCGCCGGCAGCGGCACCGCCACCCUUAACGCCCUGCUGGUGGCCGCUGAAUUUCUCAGUCUGCGCCAGGGAUAUUCGGUGGUGACCGCUGACGUCUUUGGCCAGAGCCGCGUCCUGGUUCUGCAUCAUGGAAGGACGUAUCUGUGGGAGUGUCGGGGAAAGGCCUUUGUCGAUCUGGCCCGCACACCUCCGGAAGAGGAGGAGUCUGGGCGGGUGUACUCUCUGGACAACUGUCUUCGACGCCUGUUAUGGCUGAUGGAAAAGGUGUCAAGAGACGAAGAAUCCGGCGUUUGGGUGUGCAGCACGGACGCACUGCUGCUGUCUUCUUCUCCGGGCCCAACUCCUUCUGGUUCCUCUUCCGCCUCCUGCGAUGCCAAGUUUUUAACAGAGUGGGAGGCGGAAGAGACGAAGAACAAGGCCGACAUCAAACUGUUCUACAUCUCGGCCGGAGCGGAGUACGCCGCCGGACACGGAGUGGUUCGAAUGGAUUCCCAGGGAACGGUGCGGGACGUGCUGUACCGCGGAAGACCGGAAGACGUGGAUCGUUGCCGUCUGGAUGACGGUACCGUCCCUCUGGUGUCGGGACUGGUGUAUCUGUCAUCGGCGGCGGCCGAGAGUCUGUCGGCCCUCCACUCCGUCUCCCCCCUGGACUCCUGCAACUACAUGGGACUGGACAGCGGAGCCCGACCCCUGCAGGUUUCCCUCUUCUUCGACAUCUUGGUGGCCGCCGCCGCCGACGUGGGCAGAGACGACUUUCUGUCGGGAAGAUGCGGCAGGACCUACGACGGCCGGUUCGGCCUGGAGCGGAGGAACCGACGAGUGGCUGCCGGAGCCAGGAGCGUGGUGUGGGACGGCCUCUCCCCCUACCGAAUGGCGGCAGUGGGUCUGAAGAAUUACGCUCAUUUCUAUUGGUCGGACGAGGAGACCGGAAGACGUCACCUGGAGCUGCUGAGAGGCGUGGCAACAGAAAAGGUGGUCCAUUCUCAUCUGGAGGAGGAGGAGACGGCUGCCGAAGACUGCCUGGUACUCAACUCAUGGCUGAGUGCCGGACCAGAGGCCCGAAUCAGCACCGGUUCGGCGGUGUACAACUGUCGAAUUCAGGCCCGGGACCUAAAGGUGGGAAGCCGUUGCUUCCUCAACGGAUCGACGCUGGACCGGCUACAGGCACGGAUUGUUGUUCCGGACGGAAUGGCCGUCCUGGGUUUGGCCAUCCGCCCGCCGGACCGGUCCGCUUCUUCCGUCCGCCUCCACGUUGUCUCUGGAUGCGACGACAUCUUCACGGUUCCCUUUUCGGACCGGCGCGGUACCUUUUGUAAUCGCCCGUGGAAUCGAUUUUUCCAAAGGACUGGAAUUGGCCCCGACGACCUGUGGGAUCCAGAUCUGGGAGACGACAGGAAGACCCUGCUCCGGGCAAAACUGUAUUGGACUGCAGAUGAUUUUUCGGAACAUUUAUUACUUUUUACGGGAGAAGAAACUUGGAACAAGGAUCAAUACCUGGGGUGGAAAAACAGAAAGAGAUUUUCCAUAAAUGAUAUAUUAAAAUUUAACGAUUAUGAAGAAGCAUUUCAGAGUCGAAGAGAAUUAUAUGCAUCAAUAGCUUUGAAAGAAAUUAGUAAAAUCCUUUUGAACAACAGCGAUAGUCCUGUUCUUCCAUAUUUUCGAACUGCUCAUGUGGAGGGAUGGGAUAAAAGAGUUGUCAAUGUUCUGGAUGAAGUGUGUCUGAAAUCGGCAUCCAAAACUGAAAUACUCUCGAGAACUCUGUCCUGUAUUGCCGAUCUUCUUGGAAUAAUGGCAGGGAAGUUGGGUGGAGUGAGAAGUGGUCCGGGGAAUAACAGACUAUGGAUUUCGGCAUUUAAUUUAUUACAGGAGGGAAAGAUCGAAGCUGGUUUGCAAGCUCUGAAAGACAUCCGUGACCAAUGGUUGGACCAUCCUCAUCGCAUCAUUAGAGCUGCUCGUCACUACGAAUCCGCACUACAGAUAUUAAUACGUAAAGCUGUAACUACAGCCAAUCAGUUUGUUCAAUUGUCAAAAGUUCCGCUUUUACCAUUCAAUCAAUAUGUGGUGGUAGAAUGUCCGGCCAGAGUGGAUCUCCAGGGUGGUUGGUCCGACACUCCUCCUAUUUGUUACGAAUUGGGUGGAUCUGUGGUCAAUGUGGCAGUGCUGAUUGACGGAAAAAAACCAAUUGGUGCUAAAGCUUGCAGAAUACCAGAUUUAGAAAUAAUAAUGAAUUUGGGAGAAAAUGAAUCUGCACCCACCCUCACCAUCAACCAUGUAGAUCAGCUAUUAGAUUAUAACCAACCAAAUGCUGAAGCGGCAUUAUUGAAAGCUGCUGUCGUGUAUGUCGGAUUGGUGGAAGUGGAAAGUGAAGUUCCUCUGUCCCAACAACUGAGAAGCAAAUAUGAAGGAGGAUUUCGAAUUGCAGCUUGGUCUUUGCUUCCUCGAGGAUCGGGUAUGGGAACCAGCAGUAUCAUGGCUUCGGCCAUCCUGGCCGCUCUGUGGACCGUCACUGGACGCUCUUACUGCCACGAGUCUCUGAUACAUGCGGUGCUUCAGUUGGAGCAGUUGCUGACCACAGGUGGAGGAUGGCAGGACCAGGUAGGUGGAAUAGUAGGAGGAAUCAAGAGGGGACUAUCUGAACCAGGUCUCCCGCUGCGAGUUCUGGUGGAAGAGGCCCAGAUUAGUGAAGAAUUUCUAAAGAGAUUUGAGGACCACUUCCUUCUAAUCUACACGGGAAAAGUUCGACUGGCCAAAAAUCUCUUGCAGAAUGUGAUAAGGAACUGGUAUGCCCGAGAACAGAAGGUGGUCCACUGUUUCCACUCUCUUCUUCAAAACUCUUCUCGCAUGUUUGAAGCCUUUCAUUCUGGGGACUUGGAGAAGAUUGGCCAUCUGAUGAAUGUCUACUGGGAGCAAAAGCAGUGGCUGGCCCCGGGCAGUCGACCCGACUUGGUGGGAAACAUGACAGAUAAACUGCAAUCUCUGGCUUAUGGUCAAUGCCUGGUGGGAGCGGGAGGAGGAGGCUUCUUGUGUCUGCUGACCAAACGGCCCCAUCAGGCCGAUACCAUCAAAGGGAUCAUCUCACAAAUAAAGGGCACCGAGAAAGUGGAAAUCUGGAGAGUCUCAGUCUGUCAAUCGGGGAUGGAGACUCGGCUGGAACCUACCCGGAUCUAAACUCCUCAUUAAUCGUAUUUCCAUUUCUGGGUGAUGAAUACUACAGUAUUGAGUCGAUGACAGCAAAGAAGAUACAACCAAAAACGAUAGUGCAGAAGGAGGUGGGAAAACAGUUAACUCUUUAUGUGGGCUUUGGAUGAGAAUGUUGGUGACAGAAAAUAACUAAGCAGCAGAGACCGUGUAGUCAGACUUCUUUAGGCCACCCAGAUGCCAGUAUCCAGAUGGCUGGAAGAAGAAACUGCACGAUAUUCUAUUUCUUCUCUCUCUCCAAUGCCUUUUGUCACAUGCCUGUUGAAGAUAACAAUCCACCAUCUACCGGGACCUUUUUGUAUUAAAGGGAAAAAGAUUUUUAAAUAAAAGAGAAUAUUUUUUAAUUAA